GCGAUUCGGUUUCCCGGAUGCAAGAACGUUGGAGUGGGGUAUAAAGAGCUCGUGAAAGGCGGGAGCGGACGCAGUUUUGAAUUGCUACGGGACGAAAGUAGGGCGUACAGACAGUAGCUGGCUGCCUUCCACGCUUCUUCUCCUCCCGAGUGUGAAGAGAGACUUCAUUCAAAAUGGCUGGCGGGAAAGCUGGGAAGGACUCCGGAAAAACUAAGACCAAGACAGUGUCCCGUUCGCAGAGAGCCGGUUUGCAGUUCCCAGUUGGACGUAUUCAUCGGCAUUUGAAAUCAAGGACUACCAGUCAUGGGCGUGUGGGGGCUACAGCUGCUGUGUAUAGUGCUGCUAUCCUGGAAUACCUCACAGCUGAGGUACUUGAACUAGCAGGAAACGCAUCCAAAGACUUGAAGGUGAAGCGAAUCACUCCCCGUCACUUGCAGCUUGCAAUAAGAGGUGAUGAAGAACUGGAUUCCCUAAUCAAAGCAACAAUUGCUGGUGGAGGUGUAAUUCCACACAUCCAUAAAUCUCUUAUUGGAAAGAAAGGGCAACAGAAAACAGUGUAAAGGAUCCUGGGAUUCCUUAGGACUCUUAAAUACUCAGUUGUCCAGUGUUGGUGGAUUUCCAGUGGACUGCAUCUGUGAAACACAAUUUUGCCUUUCUGUAACCUUGAAGCUGGAGCCCAUUGAGCUUUUUAACAAACCAAAAUUCUAAAUUGAAGUCUUAACCUUAAUUUAAGUGUUACAUGGCUUCAGAGAAGCUGUUGUCUGUAGUAGUUCUUGACUGGCUGUUUUAGACCUGUUGGUUUUGAGAUCCUGACGCUGUUGGUUUUUUAUGCUUAAAGUUCCUUUAUUCAAACUUGUUUAUCCAUACACUAUAAUUUAACUACAAAAUUCUUGACUCUAGUAACAGAAUUUGUAUUUUGAAAUGAAAACUAUGAAGUAUGUAAAGCUGUUGCUGAUUUCAAGAACCUGUUGUAGCUAAAUCUGAACAUACAGCUUUAAACUGGAAACAAAGGAACAUUUUUGUUUUUUGUACAGACCCCAUUUUCAUUCUAGUGAAUGAAUUCAAUAAAUGUUAUCAGUAUGA